ACCUCCACGCUCAGUCUCCGCAAGACUGCACACGACCUCGUCGCCCGCCCCUGGGCACUGAUCGUCAGCUCCAAACGAGCCGAUGGAAAAAUCCAAAAAUUUCCGCAUCGACGCCCUGCUGGCGGUGGAUCCCCCGCGAGCCGCCUCCACUCAAAGCGCGCCGCUGGCCUUGGUCACUUCGCUUGCGGCCACAGCAUCUGGCCCCGGACGAGGCGGCAGCGGUGGCGGGGGGACCAGUAGCGGAGCAAGCCGCAGCUGCAGCCCCGUGUCCUCUGAGGCCACUGUAGCUCCCGGCGACCGGCUGCGGGCUGAGAGCCCGUCGCCCCCGCGCUUGCUGGCUGCGCACUGCGCUCUGCUGCCCAAGCCGGGAUUCCUGGGCGCCGGAGGAGGCGGCGGCGCGGCGGGUGGGCCGGGCACUCCCCACCACCAUGCGCACCCUGGUGCCGCCGCCGCCGCUGCCGCCGCCGCCGCGGCGGCAGCUGGCGGCCUGGCAUUGGGACUGCACCCGGGGGGCGCGCAGGGCGGCGCGGGCCUCCCCGCACAGGCAGCUCUCUACGGUCACCCGGUCUAUGGUUACUCGGCGGCGGCAGCAGCGGCCGCACUGGCGGGCCAGCAUCCUGCGCUUUCCUACUCCUACCCUCAGGUGCAGGGCGCGCACCCCGCACAUCCUGCUGACCCCAUCAAGCUGGGUGCCGGCACCUUCCAGCUGGACCAGUGGCUGCGCGCGUCCACCGCGGGCAUGAUCCUGCCCAAGAUGCCGGACUUCAGCACCCAGGCGCAGUCGAAUCUCUUGGGGAAGUGCCGAAGACCUCGCACAGCCUUCACCAGCCAGCAGCUGUUGGAGCUGGAACACCAGUUCAAGCUCAACAAGUACCUGUCGAGGCCCAAGCGUUUUGAGGUGGCUACCUCGCUCAUGCUCACCGAGACCCAGGUGAAGAUUUGGUUCCAGAAUCGCCGAAUGAAAUGGAAACGCAGCAAAAAGGCCAAAGAACAGGCUGCGCAGGAGGCAGAGAAGCAGAAGGGCGGCGGCGGGGGCUCUGGCAAAGGUUGCGCUGAGGAAAAGGCCGAGGAGGAGCUGCUGGGGCCGCCGGUGUCCGGGGACAAGGCCAGCGGCCGUCGCCUGAGGGACUUGCGAGACAGUGACCCUGAUGAGGAUGAAGAUGAUGAUGAGGACGACCACUUUCCCUACAGCAAUGGUGCCGGCGCCCACGCAGCUUCGUCCGACUGCUCAUCCGAGGAUGACUCGCCGCCCCCAAGGCCGGGCGGACCCGGGCACCAACCUCUGCCCCAAUAG